AUGGGGGCGCCUGCGGCACCCGGAAAUGGUAUGCAGGGGGACGAACACGGAGGUCCCCCGUCGCCUUCUUCGGGAGGGGGUGACUUCGGCGGUGGCGAUGACCCCGCCGACAACAGCAGCAACAGCAACGACAGUAGUGGCCCCAGCGACGUCUCCAACAACCACGACGGAGGCGGCAGCGAGCCACUCAGCGGCGACUCUGGUGAUGAGAGCAGCGGCGGGAGCGAGCCCGUCAGCAGCACAUCUAGCCACGACGGCAGCAACGACGACGGUGACGGCAGCGAGGCCGUCGACCCCGGCAGCGAUGACGAUGGCGGCGGCGAGACAGGCGACCCCGAAACUUCUUUGAUGAGCGUCGAGCGCCGGCCUGCUGCGCCAUGUGCUCCAGCCCGGCCGCACGCGGAAGCAGACCCGGGAGUUGCGGAGCUCCGAGGAAGAGCCGAGCGAGGCGCCAGCCCCCGAGGAGGCGCUGUUAUCAACCGUCCUGGAGACCGAAAACGGUCCGGAGAUCGUUGCGGAAUAUAUACGCGAAUCGCUGUUGGAGGGCAAGACGAGCAAGCGCACCGUGAGGAGCUGAAGAAGCAGUUACAAUACGAUCUAGUGAAGGGGCUCCAUCCUGAUGGAGGGGAGCUGGAGCUGGCAUUCAGUGCAAACGAAAAGGACGACGGGUCCCCGCAACCACUCCUUGACCCGGAGCUAAGUAUUCCCUCGCCGAUCGGGCAGAAGCCUAACGAUGUAGAGGCUGUCCCGCUUACGUACAAAGAUGCGAUGGAUUCCAAGUACAAAGUGUUUUGGGAAGCGGCGAUGAUGAAAGAGAGGGGUGGUCCAGACAAGGCGGGGACUUUCACGAAAAUUGGCAAACUUUCCGAGGGGCGGAAGGCGGUGACUUCGAAGUGGGUGUUUUCGUACAAGACGAACGAGAAGGAAGUGAUCACCGCCUUCAAAGCCCGUAUCGUUGCGCGUGGUUUCUCACAGAUUCCGGGGGUAGAUUUCCACGACUCAGCUUCUGCAUGCCCGUCUACGACGUCCAUCAAAACCGUGGUUGUCGUAGCCACCGAGAAGAAAAAGAAGAUGUUCCACUGGGAAAUUAAACAAGUGUACAUUCACGCUAAGCUCAAAGAAGAGAUUUUUACCAGGCUUCCCCAGGGUUGUGGUGACAUGCUUGGCAAGGUGUGCAAGGUUGAGCGUGCACUGUAUGGCCUGAAACAAAGCGGUCGCGAGUGGGGGUUUGAAGCUGCUGAUACCCUCAUCGCGAAUGGGUACGAGCAGUGCAGGGCUGACCCGUGUGUUUUCCGUAGGAUGGUUGACGGAGAGGUCGUAGGUCUGAUCUACGUAGACGACAUUUUGUUGGUGGCGUCCGAGCAAGAGUGUCAAGAGUUGCUUGCUUCCCUCCAGAAGAAGUUUCCGGUGAAGGAUUUGGGAGAAUGCACGUGGUAUGAUGGCAUUGAGAUGGGCCUAGAGAACGGCAUCACCAAGUUGUCCCAGACGGCAUACAUCGAGAGCAUCAUCAAGCGGUUUAACGUGACUACUACCGCCCCCACGCCUGCUGUCCCCGGCGCCGACCUAGGGCCGAAACGAGAUGACGAGCCCACGGUGGACAAGCCAGUAAGGGAGGCACUCGGGUGCCUGAUGUGGGUGGUGCAUACGAGGCCGGACAUCGCUCUGCCGUUGAACAAGAUCCAGAAGGUGGCUCACUCUCCCACCGACACGAUAUUGNUCAAGCGGUUUAACGUGACUACUACCGCCCCCACGCCUGCUGUCCCCGGCGCCGACCUAGGGCCGAAACGAGAUGACGAGCCCACGGUGGACAAGCCAGUAAGGGAGGCACUCGGGUGCCUGAUGUGGGUGGUGCAUACGAGGCCGGACAUCGCUCUGCCGUUGAACAAGAUCCAGAAGGUGGCUUACUCUCCCACCGACAGGAUAUGGCAGGCGCUUCUGAGGGCGUUCGACAACGGNAACGGAACCACAAAAACGCAGCGUGUGCCGGCGCAGUCAUCCUCGGAGGAAGAGUAUCUAGCAGUCGGGGAGGGAGUGAAGGAGGCGUUGCAUGUGCGUGCGGUUCUGUCUUUCGUAGCGCCUGAGACGAGUGGGACGAUCAAGGUCCUUGAAGACAACAAGGGAGCUCUUGCCCUGGUGCAGAACCCCUUCAGCUCGGCGAGGAGCAAGCACAUCGACGUGCGGUACCACUUUAUCCGCGAGCUCUUCAAGUCGGGCAAGAUCACCGCAGAGUAUGUCCCGACGAAAGAGCAGCACGCCGACAUACUGACCAAGGUCCUUGGUAGGACCAAACCGGAGUACCACCGGAAGGCUCUGAUGAACCUCCCGGAGUAG